CACACACACACACACACCUGUGCCCACCCCGCCCCGAGCUCUGCGCGGGGGGCCUCCCCUGCCUCGCCGGCCCAGCGCAGCAGUCAGCGCCCCGGGACUGGCUCACGACGGCGCCGAAUGAGGGGGAAAGGGAAAUGCCGACCAAUUGCGCCGCGGCGGGCUGCGCCACCACCUACAACAAGCACAUUAACAUCAGCUUCCACAGGUUUCCUUUGGAUCCUAAAAGAAGAAAAGAAUGGGUUCGCCUGGUUAGGCGCAAAAAUUUUGUGCCAGGAAAACACACUUUUCUUUGUUCAAAGCACUUUGAAGCCUCCUGUUUUGACCUAACAGGACAAACUCGACGACUUAAAAUGGAUGCUGUUCCAACCAUUUUUGAUUUUUGUACCCAUAUAAAAUCUAUGAAACUCAAGUCACGGAAUCUUCUGAAGAAAAGUAACAGUUGUACUCCAACUGGACCAUCUAAUUUAAAAUCAAACAUUAAUAGUCAACAAGUGCUACUUGAACACAGUUAUGCCUUUAGGAAUCCUAUGGAGGCAAAAAAGAGGAUAAUUAAACUGGAAAAAGAAAUAGCAAGUUUAAGAAGGAAAAUGAAAACUUGCCUACAAAAAGAACGCAGAGCAACUCAAAGAUGGAUCAAAACCACUUGCUUGGUGAAGAAUCUAGAAGCAAAUAACAUAUUACCUAAAGGCACAUCCGAACACAUUUUACCAACUGCCUUACGCAGUCUUCCUUUGGAGGAUUUCAAGAUUCUUAAACAAGACCAACAAGAUAAAACAUUACCAAUUCUCUGAAUAUAAACCUGAUCAAGAGUGCUUUUAUUUAAGAUUAGCCUGCACACAAAAAGAAAAAAGGAAGAUUAGCUUGCAUCGGUCUUGAUGCCCAUAAUUUAUUCUAUUCAAAGGUAAAGAUAUUUAAGGAAAUAAUGCCAAAAUUGGGUAUGUAAUAAAGUUUUACUUGAAGUAACAUUCUUACUGUAUAACUUAUGAAGAGUUGAUUACAAAAAUAGAAAACUUUAUGAAACCUAUUUGAAAAAGCAUGGAAGUGCCUUACAUGAGAAUUACAUACAUUAAAAAUUUGCUAGUAAGUUUUGCAAGAUGUGUUUUUGCUUUUUUAAACAACUUUUCAAGAACACUCUAUAACACUUAUGUGUUCAAUUUAUACUAGAAAAAAUGUUUUUGUGUACCAAAGUUGAGACAUUACAUUCUAAGUAAGGUAAGUAGGAGUUAACCAAUAUUAAAUAUGACUUUAAAACUGCUGGGGUUUGUAUUAAUUAAAUUAUUACUGACACUGUGAUUUGGAAACUUUACAGAAAAAAAGCCUGAGUUGCAGGGCAAGUUCUCUUAUUUAAACUUUCUAUAUCUUUUUAAUAGUAUAAGUGAGCUAAUCAAAAUCUCCCUCAUAAGAAUAUUAUCUUUUAAAAUGGAUUGUAAAACAUUUUGAAAAUAUUUUUAAAUAUGAAGUACCCUUGAGUCAUCCAAGCUAGUAAGGACUCCAGUACCUCAGACUAGUACCAUAAAAACUGGUAGCUGGUUAUAUUAACUUUCUAAGAAAAUAUGUUGUGAAAUAAUGCAGAGAUCAGGAUCUAACUUUUACCUAUAAUAAAAAGAUAACUGUAUACUACUCUUUUACUUAAAAAUUUUUUAAUUUCAAAAUUGAUGCAUUAAUAAGCAAAUAUGCUACCAGUUCCCUGUUAGAAAUCUCCCUCUGCCUUCAUGUAUGUUGAUACCAAAACUUUUAAGCUUUCCCUCCCCCCAUAAAUCUACAAUCAUAAAACAGUACUUAUUAUAUCUCUACAGCUUAUAACUUAAAAUGGAAUCAGUUUUUCUUACACAUCAGCUUGCUUUUUAUCUCCUUUCUUAGUAAGAGUAGAAGAGAACAACCAUUCUGCAAAAGGGAAAUAAAAUGUACUUCCCUACAAAAACACAUGUCUGUGAAUAAAGCUAUGCAAGUGCUAAUUAUUUUACAAAAUAGAAUGUCAGAACUAUUCUUAUAGUCGCCACUUGAACAAUUAAAGAGUUUGCCUUACUUCACCAAAUAAAUGUUUAUGAAGAACACGUUCCUUCUAAUAGUUUUGAUCAAAUCCAGCAAAAAUUAUUAAUGUAUCAUGAAGUUAUUUAAUCCUGAUUCAAGCUUUCUGACACCACCAUAUGAAAGUAACAUACACCUAAUCAUAAGUUACUAUAAAACUUUCCUAUAAAGUAAAUGCUACUUGAUUUAAAAAAAAAAACAAAAAAAAACACAAAUACUUUUCCCCCCAGCUGUUUAAAUUGCUGGGUGGUGGUUCUUUUAUUUUAUUGAUGUGUGUGCGAGAGAGAGAGCCGUUGAUUUGUUGUUCCACUUAUUUAUGCAUUCAUUGGUUGAUUAUUGUAUGUACCCUGACCAGGGAUUGAACCAACUGAGCUACCCAGCCAGGGCUUACACUGCUGUUUUGCUUGGAUCCUAGCAAAAGUCUUUUCAUACUAUUGGCACCCUCUUUUAAUAAGGAAUGCCUCCCAAGUAACUAGAUUUCACAAAGGCAAGGAUAGGAAAGUCUCUUUUAAUUGUAAGGCACUUACAACAAAUAUUUAUGAAAAUCCUUUUGUGUAUACAGGGUGGGGCAAAAGUAGGUUCACAGUUGUGAGUACAUGAAGCAGAAUUUGUUCUUAUUUAUUAAUUAUUAUAUUAUUUUCCAUAUGAACAACUGUAAACCUACUUUUGCUUCACUCUAUAUUAUAAACCUUGUUCAUCAUUUUAUCUUAAAUAUUAGAUUUAGCUCCAUGUUCUUUUUUCUAAUAUGGUUUCAAAUUAUCUUUUUACCAAUACCUAGUCAUAAUCAUCAGCAAACACUUAUUGACCAUAUCUACUUUAUACCCCAAAAUAAGUUAGAUAAAUAAUCAUUUAAACAUAAACUAUGCUUUCCAAAUACAGAUUCUCAUGUAGUUCACUACCCCUCCCCAAUACAAAACACUAAUGUAGGCUGAUUCCCAUUUACAAUAUCAUCUUGCUAUCUUAAUAUAACAUUUUAAAAAUCACAAAAAUAGAACAUUAUUAAAUACAACAAGCUUUCAGCAAUUUCCAUUCAUUAUUAUUUGAGACAACUA